GUUAGGGAUGAACUUGAGCAGUUACUCGAUGAUGAUGAUGAUAUGGCAGAUCUUUAUUUGUCAAGAAAAUUGGCUGGUGCAUCAUCCCCUGUAAGUGGUUCUGUCGCUACUAAUUGGGGUCCUGGUUCACCAACAAUAGGCUCAAAGAUAUCUAGAGCAAGCAGGGCAAGUGCAGCAACAAUUCAUGGAAAUGAAAAUGAUGUUGAGGAGCUAGAAAUGUUACUUGAGGCAUACUUCAUGCAGAUUGAUGGAACAUUAAACAAGUUAACUACGGGAAACACCAUCAUACAUGUCAUCAUUUCCAGAAUGCGUGGUUCCUUACCAUCAAUGAAAUGCAAGUACUACUAUGAAGCAUGGACACUUUGGGAUGGCAGUACUGCCAUGUUCAUAUUGGUGAGACAUGUUGGCAUGGAAGGACAAUUGUU